AUGUCAUCUGCAAGAUCUGAACACCUGACGCUGGGGUACCUACCAACUCCAGCGGUCAGCCUGCCGCGCUCCGGAUCUUCGACUGCAAACACAUCGCCCACAGAGCCUUCCAGCGGAAGUGCAUUAAGAUCACCCUUCGGUUUGUCAGGUGGCUUGAACUCUGCGGGCAAGAUGGCCAGCAGCGCGCGAUCGGGGGCUGGAUCUCCAUCGCACGAGUUGGGCAGCGCCAGCAGAUUGUUCUCCAAGAGAGCACGAGAGAUACAAGCCCAGGAAGGUCUGCCCGUCAAUGUCUGGGGGCCUCCAACCAGCGGCAACUCCACCCCUCUCCGCGAAAACAUCCCCGAAUCGCCAACCGAUGGCUUCCCCGACUUCUCACACCUCCCCACCCCCGAAAACCUACCCUCCACAAGACGUGCACGAGCUGGCACAGUUCCAUCUCGCUUCUCUCCUGGCGGAGCAAGCAAUGGUUUGGCACCUCUGCCUACACUUGUUGCCAAGACCUCCCGACCAUCUCCAUCUCCAAGCCCUUUCAAAGCCCCCUCUCCAUCCCUUGGCGAGAUGGGUGACCACAACACGGCCAGCAACGCUGCUCUGUUGUCUCGAUUACGAGCCGGAUCCAUGCCUCAGCGAAGCCAGUACGCAAACCCCUCUGGUCCUUUCGGCCCAUCAGUUUUCUCCACAAACUGGGCUUCCAGCCGUGAACGAACAUCCACCCUAGCCAGUAUUGCAAGCCAAGGAUCAAAUGGGCCGAGUUCUCCCGCACAGUCGUCAUUCUCGAGAGAAGGAACGGGCGAUAAUGACAUGCAGAUGCGAACUUUGGAUUAUCUAGGCCUGGCAGAUACUCCUCAACCUCCACGAGCCCAACUGGCGAAUCCGUUCUUAGCAAAUAUUGCAGAUAUCGCCAAACAAGCAAACCGAUUCCGCUCAUACUCCGUGAAUGCAAAGGAGAAAUAUGCGGAGGACGAGGAGGAAGAAUACGGCUCGGGCAACCUCACCCCAUACGAGACACAACAAGCACAACUUCACAUGCAGCUUGCUGCCACCAAUGCCGCAAUUCAGCAACACAAUCUUGCCGUUCAAGCUUUUGCCAAUCAAGCAUCAUCGAGCAGACCUCGAGCCAGAACUGCAGGUGUCCUCGAAUCCCCUACCUCCAGAUUGCUCCGAAAUUACUAUCCUACAGCCUCUCGUCUCGACAAUAGCAUCAAUGCGGCAGAUUUGGGAAUGUCAGAGUCCAGAGAAUAUGACGAUCUUCCAGCAGCAGUUGCAGCCAUGUCUUUGGGGCGAUCAAACAGCGGAAAUGACGGCCAUUUGAAUCCCAAUGACAAUCUCGAAGGGCCAACCACCGCCCUCUGGCUCGGCAGCAUUCCAUCAUCGACCACAGUCUCAACUUUGACAGAAAUGUUCAAGUCACAUGGUCCAAUCAUUUCUGCUCGCGUGCUCACCCACAAGAACUGUGGAUUCGUCAAUUUCGAGCGUUUGGAGAGUGCUAUCUCCGCCAAGGCUAUGAUGAAUGGGAAGGAAAUCUUCCCCGGUGCUGGACCUGUCAGAAUCAACUUUGCAAAGCCUCCUUCUCCAUCAGGCACUCCAGGCCACGAUGGACAAUUCCCUUCGCCCAGCCCAGAUCCAUUCAUGAAAGGCAGAGAAGGCAGCACUAACGGCGAGACCAGUGGCGUAACUCCCGGGGUGAUCUCGAGACCUGGAACGGCUGCUCUGACUAUCCCGGCCCUAGGUGACAUGAAGGCUGAUAUCAUGGAUAUUGUUGGAGAAUUCGGAGCAUCUCAAGACGACAAGGUCAAGAUUUCCAACACUCUCGACUCUGCCAUUGGAUACAACAAGUACCAAUCUGAGAUUCCCUCCAUCCCAGAACCAGCUCAUAACAGAAUCCAUGAUGCUCCCAAGCUUCGGGACAUCAGAAAGAGAAUCGACAACCAGACCUGGUCUCAAGCAGAGAUUGAGAACAUUGCUGCGGACAUGCUGCCAGAAAUUGCCGAGCUUUCAUCCGAUUACCUGGGAAACACCGUCGUUCAGAAGUUAUUUGAGCACUGUUCGGAUGAAAUGAGAGAUGCCAUGCUAACGGAAAUCGCCCCUCAUAUGGCCGAAAUUGGUGUCCACAAGAAUGGAACUUGGGCUGCCCAGAAGGUUAUCGAUGUUGUCAGCACCCCCAAGCAGAUGCGCAUGAUUGUUUCAAACCUCCAGCCUUACACGGUUCCGUUGUUCCUCGAUCAGUAUGGAAACUAUGUCUUGCAAUGCUGCUUGAAGUUCCAGUCCCCGUACAACGAUUUCAUCUUCGAAUCUAUGCUCAGUCAGAUGUGGGAGAUUGCCCAAGGACGAUAUGGUGCCCGAGCCAUGCGAGCUUGCCUUGAGAGUCAUCACUCCACCAAGGAUCAGCAACGCAUGCUUGCUGCUGCCAUUGCUCUCCACAGCGUUCAAUUGGCAACAAAUGCUAACGGUGCUCUACUCCUCACCUGGUUCCUCGACACCUGCACCUUCCCUCAACGUCGCACUGUUCUCGCUCCCCAACUUGUUCCUCACCUCGUCCAUCUCUGCACCCACAAGGUUGCAUAUCUCACCGUCCUAAAGGUCAUCAACCAGAAGCUCGAGUCUGAUGCCCGAGACGUCAUCCUCCAGGCACUAUUCUUUUCGCCAAAUGACGAAACUCUCGAGGCCAUCCUCUCUGAUCAUGGUUGCGGUGCAACUCUCAUCUUCAAGGUCCUGACCACCCCCUUCUUCGACGAGAGCAUUCGAUCUCAAGUUGUCGAGAACGUCAGGAAUGUCCUCUUGCGACUGAAGGCUCAGCCGGCUCAGGGGUACAAGCGAUUGAUGGACGAAGUUGGAUUGUCAACCCGCAAUGGCAGCCAAGGACCAAGCCGUGAGCACGCUCCUAGCAGCCAUUCCAAUGAACGUGCCCGGCCUGGAUCCAAUCACAGCCAAGUCAAUGGUCACGUCCCUCCUCCUCAAUACGGUGGCAAUCAGUUCUAUCCUCAGAUGCAACAGCCCGCUUUCGACAUGGGAAUGGGCAUGCAGCGGACUGACAGUGUGGAUUCAAACCUUGGCCAGUUCCCAAGUUAUACCCCGAUGUUCAACACGCCUGUUCAGAUCCCCCCCAUCAACCUACAACAGCUUCAAUACCAGCAAUCACUCCUUGCCCGCGCUGCUCCACCCAUGAACAACUUCUACCCCAACAUGCAAUCAGGUUUUGGAUACAAUAGUGGCAGCCCAUCUGUUGAGCAUUACCGGAACCAGACAAACCCCGUUCAACCCCCGCAACCCCAAAUCAACCCAAGUCCCAUCCUAGGUCAGAACUCCUUUGGUCCUCCAGGCUUUGGCAACAUCGGAAUUGGUGUCAACGCAUACGGAUAUGCUGGCAUGGGUAUGCAAGGAAUGGGCUAUGGCAUGCAGCAGGAGCAGCAAGUCAAUGGACGCCGGGGACGAGUACGUUGA